GCCAAUUGAAAAUGAAGUAGAAAAAAAAAGCUUACCAGCUCCAUCAGCUCAACUUUGUAAACUUUCAGAGCAGCUUUUAGCUUUUAUUUUUUCCAAAUGGAAGCUAUUUUUCUAAAGUAUCUUAGCAUGAAUUUUUUGAAAUUAUUUGCAAUCAAGGCCGCUAUUGCUGGAACUGCAGUGUACUAUAUUAAGGAACAAGGUAUUUUUAAUAAAAGCGAUGAAAGUAUUGAAUCGUACAGAAAGCUAAAGCAAGCUGUUAGUCCGUAUAUACAAGAUGUGACAUCUCAAAUUCCUAUUGAGUUGCCUGAAAUACCUCCAACCGACAAUGUAUCACAACUAGCAACAGAAUAUUGGAACAGAGGUGUAAGAGCCAGCUUUGCUUUCCUAGUACGACUACCAGAAUGCUCCAAGCAUUAUAUAAAGAAAGGAGUUGACCAAGUUUUAGAAAAUCCAGAAGUUAAGAAGUUUGUAGAUUCCUUUUCGAGUACCGAAUCGAAAGUACCACCGCCACAAUUAGUUAGUGGUUCCAGUCCACCAGCGGCGAGUAAAAAGUGAAGCGUGAAAUAAAUGGAUUUGUGGAAAAGAUUUUUUUUAUUUUAAUAAAUUAUAAUGUUAUGUUGUUCUUAGUCAUGAAGCCAAUAAAGAACUAGAAUUUUGCCGAAAUUAGAUAAGGAAAAGGUAGAUCAUGUCUUUGAGACAUACAAGAUGAUUCCUGCAAUAUAUUUUUACAUAUA